AUGAAGAAGGCCUGCGUUUGUACGGGUGCUAGUAAUACAAUGCGAUUGAGGUGGUCAGGACGAACGGGUACCGCCAAAAGCAAAAAUGGUGUUGAGAACAGGAGCCUUGAUUUGCGCCACCAGGCCUCUGGUGAGUCGGGUAAACGGGUUUCUACCUGUGGGUCUGAAGUGGGUCACAAAAAGCAGCUGCCUCGACUGUGGAAACAGACAACUCCAAUGAGUCAGGCCAUCAUCCAAAACCACUUAGAGCACCAGCACCAAAACUUUGGGCAAUCGCUCUCCAAGAAGGAGCUGACUGUUCCUUCCUUCGGAUUUGACUCUGGUGAGAUGAGCAUGUUGCAGAGCUUGGAGGAGAAUCCAGAGGAGGACUUUAUGUCGCUCCUACCACCUGUUUCGGCUCAGAGGCGAUUCAGUGAUAAUCCACUGAUGGCUAAACAACAUGGUGGCUGCGCCUUCCAACCCAUGAUAUCACCUGCUAUCAUCAAUUAUUCUACCCACAAUCUUGAACCCAAUGUAAAGCUACGCAGUGCCCCGGCUCGCUCUUUCUGUUGCAUUUAUCACAAGAGACAGGACUAUGAUAAAUCCUAUCGCUCGCCGAAUUGCACCUGCUCUUGCAGUCAACUUCGAAAGAAUCCAACUUCGAGUUCUUACACUGAGAUGGUUAUGAUGUAUCCUGGAGAGGUAACUCUGCCCAACUGUUGCCAUUCGCCGCACAACUCGGAAAACUUGCCCAACGAGGAGUGUUGCAGUUGUUCCCAUCACAAAAUGAAUAAAUUUUUAGUGGAGGAUGUGAGGAGCGAAGUGGCGGUCGGUCGGUGUUACUCUCCCCUCCCACCACAACCGCCCAUUACCCCCAGAAGUCGCGGCAGUCCACCUUUAUUGGCAUCACCCUAUCGAAACCCAAAUUCACAUCAGUAUACGCAGGAGCGUCUGUCACGUCAGAUUUGCCGCGAUCGAUUGACUGCGGACAGGGACCCUGAAAUGCCUUUCUUGGAUAUGCUGACGAAAAGUGAGACUUUUGAAAAAGAGCUUCAAAGACGUCUUGAUAAGGAGAUUCAAAGGGGGGCUAGUGAAGGGGGUACUAGCGAGCCGCAAUCACAGGCGUCACGUCUCAUCCCACCAGACCUCGUUUUUAGCCCCGCGUCUAGACGCGUUUCCGCGGUGGACAUAGGUGAGGAGGUGGUGGGAUCGUCUGUUAUCAAUAUGUUGGCAGUCAGUUCACCAUCAAGACAACUAUCGCGCCAGAAUUCCAUCUACUCAAUGGAGGAGGGUUUUCACCACCAACAGCAACACAGCACCACCUCGCCUCAAGGCAGUCUUGGCUCAGAAAGGGGCACUUUUCUAACUCCAGAAUAUCAAACCGCUGCUUCCGUGAUUGUGGCAACCAAGAUUGAGCCCACACAGUGGGUCAAACCUGCUCGAUCAUUCGAUCACUUUUCAAGCAGAAACUUUGUUGUUCACAGAGCUGCCUCACACUCUCCAAGCCAUCUUGCUGCCCACACUCAGGAGCACACAAAUAAACCCACAGUGCAUCGGUCAGAUACAGACUGUUUUAUUCGAACAACUCAACAAAACAUGGACAGUCGACCGGCUCAGGUGGAGAUUGAUAACAGCAGAACACCAGAGUUUCUAUCCCUAGACUCCUCAAACAGUGAUCCACAGCACCUUGCAGCAGAAUUUUUGAAAGAACAGAGACAUUCCUACAACCUGGAGGGACCUCAGCCUUACGGUGGCAGACAGCAUUUUCGGUCAGACUCUGGCGGGGAGAGCAAACGUGCUCCCAUCCUGCUAAAGUUGAAACCCACCUCCCUUACAACCAGCGCUGACUGUCUAAAACAGCAACCUACGAUGGGGGGACCCACGGCUCUUAGUGCGGGUCACCACCGGGCCCCAUUUUACGUCAACUCGCACACCUACCGUGAGGCGACUAAGAGACUGGCUCAAAAGAAGAUGCAACAGAGAUCAGGUAAAGAACUGCAUCCCCGAAAAAGCCUUGAAGUGGAGUCCGCAUGGUCUUCUUCACAGUCAACUUCGCUGCAGAGCUCCAAGUCACCGAGUCGUAAUCUACACUCUCGGUCCAAGUCCACAGAGGCUGAUAUUCGAGGCGGUUUCUCACCCUCAACGAGGUGUAUGCGUCGAGAUUACACAAUAGACGAAAAGACAGAUGAGAUAUUUCAAGCUUUUUUACAGCACGAUCCUCUCAUGGAUGAAAUGACUGUACAACAUCCACCGCGGGGAAGGAAGAAAAGUUUGCAGCAAUCCUGA